UGAGAGCCUGAGCGGCGGCGGCCCGUCUGGAGCUGCGGCGGGCGAGCCUGCGCGGCUAGCGGAGCCGCGGGGCCGGGAACAGGUGAUCGCAGCGGGAGACCCGCGCCCUCCCGAGUUGCGGCGCCCGAGCCUGCGCUUCCGGGCUCAGCGGCAGCCUCCCAACCCCGGGCUGCUAGAGGCCAGCUUCAGGCUUAGCACGCGCUUCCUGGGUAUCCCUCUCCCCGCGCGAGCAUCUAGAGCCCCUGGGUCCCGCGCAGCCUCGGGAGCGGCAGCCGCGCGCGGCGGAGCAAAGUUGUGGACGUGUCCCGAUCGCUGGGCCCCGCGCCGUCGCCACCGGCCGGGCGCGCGCUCUAGGAGCGGCGCUCGCCCUGCAGCCCCGGGGGCUCCCUUUGCAAACUGCUCCAGAGGCUGAAACUUCGGGUGCCGGCGGGUCGGGGCCUGCGUCCUGCGCACCCUCCUCGAGGACGUCGCGGACGGCAUGUGACCGUUCCGGCGCGGGAAGGCGCGGGCUCCCUGGACCAGGCGGAGGGCAGGCUGCGGUGCACGGCGGGCCCGGGCUCCAGCCGAGCAGCCCCCCUCGCCCGGGCCCCGCCGAGGCCGGCGCGUUCCCGCCCCCGCGCGGGAGGAUUCGCUCCAAACUCCCUGAACUUCGGGCGGGUCCCGAAGCGGCAGCCUCGAGGUGCACAGCUCUGCUCGGGGACCCCAGUCACUUCAUCGUUGCUCUCCACCCUCGAGGACUCUAAAGACUCCUGGAGCCCCGGGCGGAGCUGACAGCCCCCUGCUGCUGGCCGUGCCGUGAUGCUGGUGAGGAAAGUGCCGGGCUUCGUCCCGGCCUCGUCGUGGGGGCUGCGGUUGCCGCAGAAGUUCCUUUUUCUGCUCUUCCUCUCGGGCCUCGUUACCCUGUGCUUCGGUGCCCUGUUCCUGCUGCCCCACUCCUCUCGCCUCAAGCGCCUCUUCUCGGCCUCGCGGACGCAGCAGCCCGGCCUGGAGGUGAUGGCCGAAAUCGCCGGCCACCACUCGGUGUCAGAGCAAGAGCCGCCUCCCAACCCUGCCCCUGCGGCUCCGGCCCCGGGUGAGGACGAUUCCGGCCGCCUGGUGGGUGUCCUCCGUAGGAAAGGGUGGCUGCGGCGAACCCGCCCCACCGGGCCCCGGGAGGAGGGCAACAGGGUUUCAGCCCUCCGGCCGCAGGAAGAGAGCGUCCGGUUCAGUUUCGACUACAAUAGUUUCCGCAGCCGCCUUCGACACCCGGUCUUGGGGACAAGGACUGAUGAGAGUCAGGAGUCCCAGAGUCUAGUGAGAGCUCAGAGAGAGAAAAUCAAAGAGAUGAUGCGGUUUUCGUGGCAGAGUUACCGCCGUUAUGCGAUGGGGAAGAACGAGCUUCGGCCACUCACAAAGGACGGCUUCGAGGGCAGCAUGUUUGGCGGUCUCAGUGGGGCGACCAUCAUCGAUUCUCUCGACACCCUCUACCUCAUGGAGCUGAAAGAGGAGUUCCAGGAGGCCAAGGCCUGGGUGCAAGACAGUUUCCACCUGAACGUGAGUGGAGAAGCAUCUUUGUUUGAAGUGAACAUCCGGUAUAUCGGAGGACUGCUCUCGGCCUUCUACCUGACAGGAGAAGAGGUGUUCCGAGUGAAGGCCAUCAAGCUGGGUGAGAAACUGCUGCCCGCCUUCAACACACCCACGGGCAUCCCCAAGGGCGUGGUGAACUUCAAAAGCGGUAGCUGGGGCUGGGCCACCGCGGGCAGCAGCAGCAUCCUGGCGGAGUUUGGGUCCCUGCACUUGGAAUUCUUGCAUCUCACUGAACUCUCUGGCAAUCCAAUCUUUGCAGAAAAGGUGCUGUCUGGCUCGUGCUGGCAGCAGGCUGGCGGCAGGCUGGCAGAGCUGAUUCCUCGACACUGUUCUUGGCUGCCCAAGGCUACACGGGUCAGAAAUAUCCGCAAGGUCCUCAGGGAGAUUGACAAACCCUUCGGCCUCUACCCCAACUUCCUCAGCCCAGUGAGCGGGAACUGGGUACAGCAUCACGUCUCAGUCGGGGGACUUGGGGACAGUUUUUAUGAAUAUUUGAUCAAGUCCUGGUUGAUGUCUGCCAAAACAGAUAUGGAGGCUAAAACCAUGUACUACGAAGCCUUAGAGGCCAUAGAGACCUAUCUGGUGAAUGUCUCUCCGGGGGGCCUGACCUACAUUGCUGAGUGGCGAGGAGGAAUUCUGGACCACAAGAUGGGACACCUUGCUUGCUUCUCGGGGGGCAUGAUCGCCCUUGGUGCUGAGGAUGCCAAGGAAGAUAAAAGGGCCUACUACCGAGAGCUUGCAGCCCAGAUCACCAGGACCUGCCACGAGUCCUACGCCCGCUCAGACACCAAGCUGGGGCCUGAGGCCUUCUGGUUCAACUCUGGCCGAGAGGCGGUGGCCACACAGCUGAGCGAGAGCUAUUACAUCCUGCGACCUGAGGUGGUGGAGAGCUACAUGUACCUGUGGCGGCAGACACACGACCCCAUCUACAGGGAGUGGGGCUGGGAGGUGGUGAUGGCCUUGGAGAAACACUGCCGGACGGAAGGUGGCUUCUCGGGGAUCCAGGACGUGUAUAGCAGUAACCCCAACCACGACAACAGGCAACAGAGCUUCUUCCUGGCUGAGACACUGAAAUAUCUCUAUCUUCUGUUCUCUGAAGAUGAUGUGCUGUCGCUGGAAGACUGGGUGUUCAACACCGAGGCUCAUCCACUGCCCGUCAACCGCUCGGACAGCUCCAGCGUGGCUGGGCACCGCCACUGACCACUGUCUCCACGCCCGUGUCUCAGGGACGCCUCUACUUUCUUGGGAUCCGGGACCGUUCUCAGAGGCACUGGGGACGGAAAGCCCACUAUGGGCAGACCCUGGACGGAUGUGUCGGACAGACGACUUUUUUUCCUCUGUGAGGAGACAGGAGCUGGUGACGUACCAGCAUGGGACCCGGGCUGUGGUCCCCGGCGCCUACGCGUUCCUUUCUACGGGGGAAUUUCUGUGCCCCCACACUUGCUGUCACUGGGCCAAAGGACUGGAGGUUUGCAUAUCCAUCUCAUGUAUUUGAUUCCGUUUCCUUUUUGGUUUCAGGAGUUCAGUUUUGCUUGACUUUACUUUUUUUUUUCCUCUCUACCCAUUUGAGUUUUAUGGUGAUCAUAAUUUUCAAAAUCACGGUGUCACCUAACUCAAGGAGACCAUAAGUGUUUGCGCGCACACACACACACACACACACACACACACACACACACACACACACACACGACCCAUCUGCUUUCAAUGCCUUUCACUCGUUGUAGACUCUGUCCCACUUUGUGUCACCUACCCCAUCAUUCGAGGAAACGCUUCCCCUUUGCUUUGGUCCCAAAUGUUACAAAUCACUGAUGUUAUUUUCAUUACUGUAAUGGAAAAAAAUAUAUGUGAAGUAGAAUAAAGGAGUUCAUUGAAUAAGAAGUAAGAUCGGACUCAUUGGCCACCAGUGGCUCCUGGGGAAAAAAUGUCCCUACAGUGUCAUCAGAAGCAGUCACCGUCUGCCUCGCCGCCGAGCUUCUCUGUCUCCCUUCAAUUAGCCCCAGAAAUCCAGAAAAUGGGAAGCCAGCCCUUUGGGUAGAGUUGGGUAGGCAUACUCUGAUGGAGGCUGGGAAGAAUUCCAGGGAGGUGACUCUGUUUGCCUGAGGUCACACAGCCAGAGGAAGAGGCAGGAGUAAGCCUUGCCUCCGGAAUCUCCUGGCCACCAGGUCCUUUGUUCCUCUGCUGUCAAUCAUCGAUGCUUGAUGAGCCCCUCCCCUCACCGGGGUUAGAUGGUCUCUGCCCUGCAGUCAGGUCGCUAGGAUCAUACAUGAUGCCCGCCUAUGUCAGUGGGAAGGCUACCGACAAGGACACAGGAGGCUAAGACAACAAUAGCCUGUCCCCGGGGUUAGGGACAAUAAGGACUUUUAAGCCAAGAGCCAAAGACAAGUAGUAGCUAUGUACAGACAGGGACAGAAAUAGUGUGAUGAUGUCUUCUAACCCAGACCCCUUGUCAGUCUCUCUGUGCCCAUCUAUGAACCCAGAAGCCAUCCGCAUGCUGAGGAGGCCCAGUCCCUACCCUGAACUAGCAGGCUUUCCUUUCCAACAGAUCCACUUGCAGCCUGGACACAGCUGAAGUCCUGGGUAAUGUUGACUCUCUCCCAGCCCCUUCGGUAGACAGUGCUUGUCAACUGGCCAUCAAGAUAAUGGGACUCCGGGCCUGCUGACCCACUGUGUGAGCCCAGACCAGUCACCUCACCUCACUGGGCUCUUUUCUAUCAGCAGAAGUCCCACCUGCUAAGGUUGCUAUGAAAACCAGCAAGAUGCUCCUGAUACCCUGUGGUCCAGCAUCCACUGCCUCCUUGUUCUGGAGGCUCCGGCGGCCCAGCUCUUCCUGAACAGAGAGUUGCGCUUGCACAGUCCCUGUAGCAGGAACCCCGGCCCUCAGAGCAUCAGUCACACACUAUGAUCAGGUGUCACAGAACAGAGUCUCCUGCUACCCAUAGCACACAAGUCAAAGGAAAAGGGACACUCGCUGCACAAACACUGUAGGACAAUUAAGAAACCAAGCUAAUCGGAAAGGAAAUACAGUUACCAUCCUACUCUCCGGAAUUAAUACGGUUAUAUUUUCUUCUAGAUCUUUUUCUAUGAAUAUAUAGAAAAUAUAUUUUGCAAAUGUGGUGUCAGCCUAUGCAUACUGUUUUCUUAUAACCCGCUUUUGCACUUAACUAUAUAUUGUCAACAUCUUUCCAUGUCAAAAAAAAAUACACAUAUGUCAGCACUC